AUGCCGGAGGAUAAGCACACUAUUGCUGUUCUACGGCAUGCCUUAGCAAACAUACAUAACUGGCUUGGACACUUUGAAGAGGCUGAUCAGAUUACGGACGAACAACUGACGGAAGCUUCAACUGAUUCCGGUCGAGCAUACAUUGGUCCAAAGCUGCAUAUUCUCAUUCUUCGGGAGAAGGUGGAACCUUAUAGGUUGUGCAGCAGACCAGUGAUUGGAUCGGCUCUGCAGACAACCGAUCAGAAAGUGAAUUCGCUUCUUGGAUUGAUCGACAAAGCUUGCGCUAUGGGUUUUAACGACGUUGGCGCGCACGAUCCUUUGUUGUGGCAUACGAUCUGGAAAGAUUUCUUGGUUGCCUUACGCAAGGAGGAACCCUUGGUGGAGGGCAGCAAGCUUCGAUCCUUGACCAAAGUUUUAACUCGGAUACACGCAUUUUUAACGAGCAGGGAGGACCGGGUGCAUCAUGGCUGGACAGACCGGGACGGUACCAUCUCAGCCUACAACAACAUCUUGACUAUGCUGAACAUUGACCAGUCAACAUUGUUCGAAGAGAUUGUUCGCGCGAAAGCUACUCAAUGCAACCUUGAGGCAACCUUCCUACAAAGAAGUGGACAUUUUGCGAAAGCCGAAGCUCUUCACCAGAAAGCAGCACAUUAUUUAGGUUCAUGUGGAGAAGAUGAUGACCUCUGGAGCGUCAUCCAUUACAACACCAUGCUUGCAAUCGCUCGCCAAGAUGGACGUUUGAAGGAAGCCUAUCAAUACGGUAGUGAUCACUGGAUCACCAUACAGCGGGGAGAAAGCCGUCACGGUGCGAUCCAGGUGCGCUUACAGCAGGACGCUGCCGACCACGAGUCAUAUAUAGAAGCUUCGCGCCGCCGAAGGAACGGCGAAGUCGGUGAUGAUGAAUGGUGGGUGGACCAUGCAGCGCAGCUUGAGAGAAGUGAGGCUCUGUACGGACCGCUCCCAACGCCGACACCAAGUAGAUCAAUGGCAACGAUAUCUGAGGUUGAAGAUCAGAAUCCCCGAUGGGUGGACUGGCUGCUCAUACCCUUGAGAGCCACAUUCCGUUGA